AUGCGCUUUGACGCAUACUCUUCACUUCUGGACCAUCGCCUACGAAAUGCCUGGCUUUACACCUUGUAUCUAGAUCCCUUGAAUUUCAGCUCCGUCGCGCGCAAGCUUUAUGUCAACCCCUUCACUGCGAAUUUCCUUGUACGAAUGGCCAUAGCCACAGAAUUACAGGAUGCUGCGAGAAAAGAGCUUCUAAAACGUUCGCCUUAUAUUGAUGUCGAUGACUUAAUGGCAGAGGCCAACAAUGCGUUCGAAUCCCUAUCUAUCCUGCUGGGAAGUAACUUGUUUUUUUUCAACAGAGAAACUCCUGGUUUAUUCGACGCGAGUGUUUUCGCAUAUACUCAUUUGAUAUUGGAUGUAAAGCUCGGGUGGAAACAUAAUCCCCUAGAAAUGCACUUGAGGCGAUACAGCAACCUUGUGAAGCAUCGACAACGACUACUAGAAGCAUACUUCUAG